AUGUGUCUAUUUACUCUAGCCAUAUCACCAGUAUCAGAAGCAAAUAUUGUACUUGGUGCAUAUUUUUCUGUUCAUAAUCCUCCGCCCACUGGAACGGGUGGACGUCUCAGGGAAUGCGGCGAUAUACGUGAAGAUUAUGGUAUUCAUCGAGUUGAAGGCACUUUUUGGAUAUUAGAUCAAAUUAAUGCAAAUCAGUCUAUCCUGCCGAAUAUAACGCUUGGUUAUCAAAUUCGUGAUUCAUGUUGGUAUGCACCUGUUGCAUUGGAACAAACAAUUGAGUUUAUCGGUAACUCGGUACUAGCUGACAAUGGUCAAGUAACAAAAUCCCGUUUAGCAGCAAUUAUUGGACCGGGUGAUAGUUCGAUAACCAUGCAAGUACAUAACAUAUUGCAACUAUUUGAAAUGCCACAAAUUGGUUAUUCAGCAACAGCUAAACAAUUGAGUAAUAAAGAAAAAUUCAAAUAUUUUAUGAGAGUUAUCGCAUCUGAUACUCAACAAGCACAAGCGAUUGUUGAUAUAAUAAGACAGUUUAAAUGGAGUUAUGUGGUCACUAUCGGCACCGAAGGAGAUUAUGGUCGAGGAGGCGUUGAAGCUAUUCGUCGAUUAUUACACAAUGACGUUUGCAUUGGAGCAGAUAUGACAAUGCCUAUCGGUGCAAAUGUCACUGUUGCAAAACAAUUAAUCAAACAAAUUGUUCGCAAAGCUCCACGAGCACAGGUUCUUGUGUGCUUUUGUCUCGAUCAUUCAAUUCGCCCACUUCUUCAAGGAUUAAAAGACUUGAAUUACACACAACGUUUUGUAAUAUUAGGAAGCGAUGCAUGGGCUGAUAGGCUCAAUGUUAUUCCAAACAAUACUGAAUCAGUUGCUCUUGGUGCUAUCACCAUUAAAGCCCGUUCAUUACGUGUUCCAGGAUUUGAAAAAUACUUCCGUUCACUUCAUGUCCAUACUAAUAAACGAAAUGUUUGGUUUCAAGAAUAUUGGCAGCAAAAAUUUGACUGCAAAUUUAAAGAUUCGGAUUCCUCAAAAUUUAAUAGAUUUUGUCAACCUGACCAAGAAAGUUUGGCCAAAGUGCCAUAUAAUGAAGAUCCAAAACUAGCGUUUGUUAUUAAUUCAAUUUUAGCGGUUGUGCAUGGUUUGGAUAAAAUGCAUAAACAGGUUUGUAAUGGUACCAACGGUUUAUGUAGAGCAAUGGCACGCAUGGAUUCAUCAUUACUAAUGCAAUAUCUACGGAGCAGUCGAUUCAUCGGAAUAACAGGCGAAGAAGUGUUUUUUGAUGCGAACGGUGACGGUCCAGGCCGAUAUGAUAUAUUAAAUUUACAAGGAACAGUUACCGGUAGUGAUGUUAAUCUUACAUAUGCGCAUGUCGGUACUUGGAACACAGGUGUAUUAGAACUCAAUUCAUCGUCAAUGCAUUUUUUUGCUGAUCAACGACAAUUGUCAACAUUGAAUGUUAGUCAAUAUUGUAGUGAAACAUGUAGAAAAGGACAUGUCAAGAAAUAUACUGAUGAAGAAAAAUGCUGUUGGCAAUGCUACCCAUGUGGGGAUGCGGAUAUUGCUUUGGAUGAACUAACGUGCUUCCAGUGUGCAACAGGUUUUUGGCCAAAUGCUGAUAAGACUGCAUGCGCAUUACUUCCAAUAAGUACAAUAAAUUUUCGACAUCCACUAUCAAUAAUAAUUUGCUUCGUCGCUGCUAUGGGAAUAAUGAUUAGUUUUUUUGUUCUCUACAUAUUUGUACGAUUUAACGCUACGCCUGUUGUGAAAUCUACAACGCGUGAAUUAAGUUAUCUAAUAUUAACGGGAAUUCUAUUUUGUCAUUUAACAGCCUUUGUUAUUUUGCAAAAACCUAAUUAUGUCAUUUGUGUAUUAACUCGUCUAUUACCCGGUAUAUCAUUUUCAAUGAUUUACGGUUCAUUAGUAACAAAAACAAAUCGUAUCGCACGUAUAUUGGCACGAAGUAAAAAGAAAAUAAUAACGAGUCGACUACGGUUUAUGAGUGCGCGACAUCAAUUAGCCAUUGCUUGUAUCAUAUUAAUAACAGAAAUAUGCAUUGUUGCUUAUACUGUCUAUAGAGAUCCUCCUAAAGCCGUUCUUAUUGAUACCGGUGGUCGUUUACUCUUAACAUGUAAAAAAUCACUUCCUGGUAUUGCAGCUCCAUUGGGAUUUGAUGGACUAUUAGUUUUUUUAUGUACACUAUAUGCAAUAAAGACAAGAAAUUUACCGGAGAAUUUCAAUGAAGCUAAAUUUAUUGGCUUUUCAAUGUAUACAACAUGUGUCAUUUGGAUAGCAUUUGCAGCUGUCUACUUUGCAAUUGAAGCAAAACUAUAUUUGAUCAUCUUUAAACCUGAAAAAAAUCAACGAAGUGCAUUUGCAACCAACAAAGAUAUUCGCUGUCAUUUUGGCUCAUCAACAACGUCGAAAAGUGAUAUGAGUUCUUAUAGAUAUAGUGAAGGAUCUAGUCUAUUUCGAAAGUCGGUUUUGCAUCGAAUCCGUUUCGGAAAUACAUUACGACUGAAAGCUGUUUGUGCAAAUUCAGCCGCAUCUUCGUUAAGAACAAAUGAUAUGCCCGGUAGUGAUCGUCGUCCAUCGCGUUCUUUGUCAGCCUAUCCCGAACAUUGGACGCAUCAUCGUUCACAAUUAAAUUCCCCACAUCAAACAUAUAACCAUGGUCAGACAACAGAAAAUAGUACUGAUGGUUUAAGUUGCAGAAGUGGUAUUCUAAGUCAGCAAAUGAUUAAUGACCUUACACCUGUUAUUAAACUAUCUGACGAUUCUAUUGAAAAUCAUAUACCAGCGAGUGUUUCGAAUAACACAACGAAUAAUCCCACGAUCAUCAAAACUAAUUCAAUUAAUAAAAUAAUACAUUUUCCUGAAUGCGUUUAUUCGACAAAUCAUCUUCCGAAUCAUAGUAUAGUAACGACAACAACGACAUCCUCGACAGCCACAACACUUUCAGAAGGCACACAACCAAAUGUUCGUUUAAGAAAAAAGUCCAUAUCUGCGUAUGAUCUACCCGUACCAUCGUCAAUAAAUGAUCUGGUCUUCGAAGCCGAAAGUGAAUCAUCGAGUGCAUGGACAGAGACUGCUGCCAUUGAACAUGAAUGUUCUGAGAAUGGACCAUUGUUGAUGUGCACGUGCCGCCUGUUAUGGCAAUUGGAGAAAGAAACAGAUAGUAUUGACAAGUUUAAAAUGUUCUUUAAACGAGAAAAUUAUGAUGUAACAUGGGAUUAUGUACAAGGCAGUUCUGAAGUUUAA